UAAUAUUUUAAAUUUUAUUAAUGAAAAUAAUUAAUAAUUGUACAUAUUAUAAUUUUUCAUUCUAAAUUCAAUUAUACUAUUGUUUUUAAUUAUAUAUAUAUAUAAACUUAGUGUUAGUGACCUAUAAUUUUCUAUUGUAAGAUUCUACAAAGAUGAACAAGUCAUAAAUACUUUUAUAAAUCAAAAUUUGGAGCUUCAGGUUAUAUUUUUUUAAGAAACACAAUAUGACAGAACCACUUGUAAUAACAGAAAAUACAAAAAAAGACCCUGAAAAAAAUCAAGUAUUGAUACAAAACAUAAUUGAUCAUGUUUCUGAAAAUGCGUCAGAUAAUAAUUUUAAAAGUCAACAAAAAGGUGAUCCAGAUAUAACAAUUGAAGAAAGAAAAAAAAUUGCUGGAGAUAUUUUAAACGAAAGUCAUUCAAGAUUUUUAUACAAAUUUGGAGAUUAUUUGCUCCAAACUCAUCUGGAGUACUUUAAAAAUAUGAAUGAAGAUGAUUAUGAAAUCAAUUUUCACAUCCAUCGAUUGAGUCGGUCAUUAAAAUCUAAAAAAAUUAUUUGUAAAAAUCGACGAUAUCAAGCUCUUUUAGAACUUGUUAAAGGUGAUUAUUUUAAUGAUAGUGAAAUGCGUAGUCGUGAACCUCUGCUUUGGGAACAAUUAGUAGGACAAUACCUUAGUCCUGAAGAAAAAAUGGGCUUUGAUCAAUUAGAGUCUGCCCCAAGCUCACUGAGUGGUGUACUAUUUGAACAAAUUGAUCGUGAUGUUAGAGAUAAUUUAAAAAGAAAGCAAGAAACCGAUGAAGUUAUAAGUUCUGAUGUGAAUAAUAGUUCAGAUGAUGAAUCUAUAAGUACUGCUGAAUACCAUGGAUCAUCAUCUAUGUGGGGUGAAUAUAGUAAUGCUAAACAAACAACUGUAAAAAUUGGAAAACGUCGAUGGAAAGAAACUCAUGGUUUUAAUCAAGUACCAAAUAAUACCAAAGAAUUAAGUGAUAAUGAAAGGUUUCUUUUAUUGAAUGAGUUCCGUUCACAUAUGUUUCAAAAAUUUCUAAGUGGACAAGAAGAAGAUUUUGACUACAACAAAGUGGAUAAUAAUCCAGAGUAUGAUAACUUGGUCAUUAAAACAAUUGAUGAUGAGGAAAAGUAUUUUGAUGCAGAAAGUUCCGAUGAAGAAGAAUCAUCAUUAGAACCUACAUCUAUGUCAGUUAAUAAAAAUAAUGAAUAUAAUGAUCAUGAUGAGUUAGAUGAUUAUAUAAAUAAACUUUUAAAAAAUGAAAUGACGGAUAGUGUUGCAGAUAAAUUGAAAAAAUUAUAAAUUAUUUUUUCAUAGUUUCUGUAGUAGUAAAAUAUUUAUUGGUUAAUUAAUUAAUUAAUUAAUGAAAUUUGUACAUUUGUUCUAUUUUACUCUUGUUUAUAAUUUAUACAUUUCCUAAUUCUAUGUUGUAUAAUUGUAAAAUAUAAUUUUUUGUUUAAUCAG